AUGCUUUGGAGUCGUCUCCUUGUUUUAACGCCAAACAGCCAUCCUGAAGCGAGAGAGGUGUGGCAAAGAUUGCAUCCUGCCGAGUGUCCGGAAUCGCUGGUGCUGCCUCGGUCCAGCCAGAAGGGUCUACGACGCAGCGAGGAGCCAGAGGGCAGACGAAAACAGCAGUGGACGAACAUCUUUGGCCUGGUGAGUCAGGAUGGGGGAGAGAAGUGCCUGGCUUUUCUUGUUUGCAGGGCUCUUUCACGCACCCAGCUCCUCCACAACCCCAAGAACUACAGCUCUGGAUGUGCCCUGCAAACUAAGAACAUUCGAGGUGGAAACAGGUAAGUGGAACAGAAGCUUCUCACCAGAACCAAGAGGUUUACCUUGCAGGCAGCAGCAAUGGAAGUCUGAGCCAAUUCAGAAGCACAAAACCCUGCAGGAUUUGAGCUGUCGAUUGGAUGGGAUAGAGCUGUAGGCUUCCAGCACGAGAUGCCUUCUCAUUUCAGCACAGAAAGCAGAACAUGUGCAAAUCCAUGGCCAUAGCAAACAGCACCCACUUAGAAUCAUAGAAUCCUAGAGUUGGAAGAGACCACAAGGGCCAUCGAGUCCAACCCCCUGCCAAGCAGGAAACACCAUCAGAGCAUUCCUGACAUAUGGUUGUCAAGCCUCUGCUUAAAGACCUCCAAAGAAGGAGACUCCACCACACUCCUUGGCAGCAAAUUCCACUGUUGAACAGCUCUUACUGUCAGGAAGUUCUUCCUAAUGUUUAGGUGGAAUCUUCUUUCUUGUAGUUUGGAUCCAUUGCUCCAUCCACGGGAGUCCCCUUGCAGCCAGCUGCAAAUCCUGCCUCUCCCAUGCUUCCCUUAGCUCCGGAAAACGCGAGCUGCAUGUGUCUUGUCCAACGGGCAUCGUUCAGGCUGGAGAACGCUGUUGAGCAAGCAUCUUCUGUGAGUUCAGAAAGAUCAGCCGGUCGCCGCUGCCCACUGGCAAACCGUCAGAUAUCCACGAGAUGCACACUCACUCAACUGUUGUGAGGGGUUGGCUUAGGAAGGGAGGCUUACGGAGGAAAACCCCCCAGGGAAAGGGAGUGCCGUGCUUGUGAGCAAGCUCCUUAGUUUAGGGAAGGCUUUAGAUGCAAACGCAAACGCUUAAAAGCUUGCCAUUAAUAUGUUUCGGUUGAAAACCUCUGGGUGGGUUUUGGAUGAGUUGCACUAAUGGGAACCAGCACAACGGUUCCCACGAAUGCGACAGGACUCCUAGCUUCAUAGAAUCGGAGAGCUGGAAGGGUUCCUGAGGGUCAUCUAGCCCAACCCCAUGCAAAAUAAUAAUAAUUUCAGUUAAAGCAUCCAUGACAGAGGGCCAUCCGACCUCUGCUUAAAAACCUCCAAGGAAAGAGAGCCCACCAUCUUCCCAAAGAGACCGCUCCACUGUCGAACAGUUCUUGCUGUCAGAAAGUUCUUUCUGAUGUUUUGUCGGACUCUCCUUUGUCAUUUGAAUCCAUUGCUUCAGGCCCUACCUGCUCUUUAGAUGAUACUAAUGUUAUUGGGAGCAGGGACGCGGGUAGCGCUGUGGGUUAAACCACAGAGCCUAGGUCUUGCCGAUCAGAAGGUCGGCGGUUCGAAUCCCCGCGACGAGGUGAGCUCCCGUUGCUCGGUCCCAGCUCCUGCCAACCUAGCAGUUCAAAAGCAUGAAGUGCAAGUAGAUGAAUAGGUACCGCUCCGGCGGGAAGGUAAAUGCCGUUUCCGUGCGCUGCUCUGGUUCGCCAGAAGCGGCUUAGCCAUGCUGGCCACAUGACCUGGAAGCUGUAUGCCGGCUCCCUCGGCCAGUAAAGCGAGAUGAGCGCCACAACCCCAGAGUCGGUCACGACUGGACCUAAUGGUCAGGGGUCCCUUUACCUUUAUGGGGGUUAUUAGCCCUGGCUCUGGUCCAUGGGGUUACAAGCCCUGGCAGACUUCCCAGGGUGGGGGAGGACAGUCUCACAGACCCGCAGAUCACCCGUGAUCUGUCGCUUACAUCAAGGUGCGAGCGGCAGGGGCACUGGGUCUAAUAAUAAUAAUAAUAAUAGUAAUAAUAGUAAUAAUUUAUUAUUUGUACCCUGCCCAUCUGGCUGGGUUUCCCCAGCCACUGUGGGCGGCUUCCAAAAAUACAUUAAAAUGUCACACAUUAAAAACGUCCCUAAACAGGGCUGACUUUAGAUGUCUCCUAAAAGUCUGGUAGUAGUUGUUCUCCUUGACAUCUGAUGGGAGGGCGUUCCACAGGGAGGGCGCCACUACCGAGAAGGCCCUCUGCCUGGUUCCCUGUACCUUGGCUUCUCGCAGCAAAGGAAACCGCCAGAAGGCUCUCGGUGCUGGACCUCAGUGUCCAGGUAGAACGAUGGGGGUGGAGACGCUCCUUCAGGUAUACAGGACCGAGGCCAUUGAGGGUUUUCAAGGUCAGCACCAACACUUUGAAUUGUGCUUGGAAUUGUACUGGGAGCCAAUGUAGGUCUAAGAGCACGGCACGGCUGGCACUCUCCAGAGCCACUCCUACGCAGGCACACCUGUUCCUUUGAAAUCAAAAACAGAGAGAUCCCAAGCCAAGAGGAGAGGAUCUCCUUCCUGCAAUGUCCCGUCAGAUGGGCAAUUCACAAGCAAUCUGUUGAGCAAAUAAGCCAGAAAGUGUAACAGCGGCAGCAGCUGUACGUUGGGAAUUGGGGAUCUAUUGGCAGCUAGAUGGGAAGCCCUGAUGGGUCUCUGAAGUCCAUGCAGUCUCCUGCCCUAGGCUAGAAUGCCAACAUGUGGCUCAGUUAGACAUUCUUCAGCUUUCCAACCCUACAAUGGGUCGAAAGGUGCUUUCAAUGUGCGAAAAACACUCUAGACAUGCAGCCAAGCAUCUGCUUCUGUUCGAAGCAGAGAUUGGAAGCAAUGAAUCAGGAGAUCUGUCAAGUAACCACUUAGAUGUGCUUGAAGUCUGUUGCCAGAUGUUUGAGUAGAUGCUGUCUAAGUGAAUCAUAAAGCUGGGAAAUGAUUCCGGAGAAAAGUUGUGAAGAAGCGGCUUGAAGAGCAAACCUCAUGAGGAUUGUGUUCUACAUCAGCCUCUGCCAAGCUGGCUCGCUCCAGAUGUUCUGCGCUCCAGCUGUUAGCAGAGAGACUGGAACAAAUAGAGUCCAGAGAGAAAAGAAAUUGAUAGCACUUUACUGAUAACAAGCUGAACAAGAGCAGUAUAUAAUUCGAGGGGAAUCUUACUGACAGCCUAGUUGAGAACAGGGAGACAUUCAACAACACGUACUGAGGUCAAACCUCCUUCAGAAAUACUUUCCCUUUCAACUGUCAAAUCUCAGCCAUCUUCCUCACUGGCCAAGUUCAUCAGCUUUGUUGAUUUUACUAAACCAAAUAGUUUAAACUGGGUUUUGAAUAAAUGUGCAAUUCAUUGUUCCUUUGGGGGAUCUUACUGUUACCAAAGUCGUAACUCUCUGCAGAUUCCAUGGGGUUCACCCAGGGUCUGUGUUCCUUCGGAGAAUUGAGACCCAUCGUAGACUGUCAUAGCUUUAAGAAAUAUGGUUUAGUCACCUAUUUACACUUUAAGUUGAGACACAGGUGGCGCUGUGGGUUAAACCACAGAGCCUAGGACUUGCAGAUCAGAAGGUCGGCGGUUCAAAUCCCCGCGACGGGGUGAGCUCCCGUUGCUCAGUCCCUGCUCCUGCCAACCUAGCAGUUUGAAAGCAUGUCAGAGUGCAAGUAGAUAAAUAGGUACCACUCCAGCGGGAAGGUAAACGGCGUUUCCGUGCACUGCUCUAGUUCGCCAGAAGCGGCUUAGUCAUGCUGGCCACAUGACCCGGAAGCUGUCUGCGGACAAACGCCGGCUCCCUCGGUCAGUAAAGCAAGAUGAGCACUGCAACCCCAGAGUCGGCCACGACUAGACCCUAAUGGUCAGGGGUCCCUUUACCUUUACACUUUAAGUAUGCAUGAAAGGAAUCCAGAUCUCACAGUGUGGUCAUUGCAAGAGGCGCUUGUCCCCCUCAGCAGUGCAGCCAGCCUUCAGCCAGCCUGCCCAAGAUGGAUCCCAAUUUUUCUUCUUCCUUCUUCUUCCCAGCACCCUUCCCAGCUCAAAAACUCUUUUCCUGUCACCUCAAACACAUACCCCACCACCUUGAAAACAUCUGUCUCCCCAGGCCAAAGGAUUCCUUUUUGAUGGCCCAUAAGGCCCCUUUGUCAUAUUAACAGAUUUGCUCUUUGCUAGGCCAGCCAGGCUGGUUUGCAUAAGCCACUGUUUGCUUCUUUAACUUGGCUGGAGACUCCUUCUUUUGCUGACCAGAGGGACCUGCGGGGAGUGGCAGCCCAACCAGCUGGGCAGCUUAUCAAUACCAAAAGGUGUCUUCCCCCCUUUUUUUUUCCUGCACCAGUGUGGUGUAGUGGUUCAGAGCGGUGAACUCGUAAUCUGGGGAACCGGAUUCGCUUCCCUGCUCCUCCACAUGUAGCUGCUGGGUGACCUUGGGCUAGUCACACUUCUCUGAAGUCUCUCAGCCUCACUCACCUCACAGAGUGUUUGUUGUGGGGGAGGAAGGGAAAGGAGAUGGUUAGCCGCUUUGAGACUCCUUAAAGGGAGUGAAAGGCGGGAUAUCAAAUCCAAAUCCAAACUCUUGCCCUUAUAUAGACACUUUAAAUUCCCUGCCCUGGAGCUCCAGACCAGUUGUUUGGUGAUUGUGAUGGCCUGGGAUUCAGACUCAGAGGCUGAACCUGAAUCCCAGCUUGCACAGGAGUCCCCGCCUCCAGAACCAGCUGAGCCGGGGCUGGGGCCUGAGCCUGAAGGGUCCUCACCUGUGCUGGAUCCUCAGGUGCAGGCAUCAGCUGAGUCUGCUCUGGCUCCUGAGGUGAUGAGGACCCAUUGCCUGCAGGUCCUCCACUCUCAGCCCCGUCAGAGGAAGGUGAGGUUGCCUCUGGGUCCGGUCACCCUCCAGCCUCUCCUGAGCUGCAGAGGCUCAGGGCAGAGAGGCGGAGGGAACUAAGUUCCCGCAGGAGGAGUGCUCGCCUCCAGGCCAGGAGAGGCGAGUCACCUGUGGACUGGGGCUGCCCUGUGCCUUGGGGCAGAUAAAAGCCAGCCAGCCCAGUCCCAGGUUGCGGGAGCAACGUUGUGGCUAGCCUGUUCCUGUCUGCACCCUGUCCUGCUCUUCUGCCAGAGUCCCUGACUUCACCCAACUCCCCACCUUGGACCCAGCUACAGCUUUGAUGGACAGCCUCCAUACCGCACCAUCGACCUCGGACUGGACUCGGACCUCGCCUCUCGGUUAGCCCCCGGGACCAGCGCAGUGAUAAGGACUGUGGUUGGGCAGGGGUGGUGUUUGCUUGCAAUUUCUGCUUAUUUCAGGAUACUCCAGAAGCAUCUAACAAUGCGGCUGUCCAUGUCCUCCCAGGGUGGCGUGAUGCCCGAGAUCGGAGCAACCCCACAUCCUUCAGCCUUGCACAACCUCUGCAUCUUCCUCCUGGCUAUGCUCCUCCUGGGUCUCCCUGCCGCCAGGCAGCUCUCGUGUCAGACUGAGUCCAUUGGGCUUCUACAAAGCAUCAUCCAGCGCAUGGUGAGUAAAGAGGGACCAAGAGACGGAUGGGAAGAGUUGGUGUGCAAAUUAGGCUUGCUGAAAUUGCCAGGUGUUUUGGAUGGAGGGGGCGGGUGUAGGGGUUUCCCGCCCCAGUGCCCUCCAGAUGUUUAGGGAUGCGAUUCCCAUGUGGGAAUGUUCAGGGAGGCAGGAGAGGGUAUAUAGUUUAUUGAUAUCUUUCCUAACUUGCGCUAGCAAGUUCUAUUUUACAUUCCCCUUUUAAACACACAGUGGGUAGCUGGUUGCAGGCUUGUUUAAGCCUCCCGAUAUCAGAUUCCUGGUAUAUCCCUCCUAAAAGAAUGAACACACCACAAUCUUAUUUAAAGUCAAUAAAAGAAGUUUACUCACAUCAUCAGUUCACAGUUGGAUCCCUCAGAGCUGGACCUCAGAGUCCGGGCAGAACAAUGGGGGUGGAGACGCUCCUUCAGGUAUACUGGGCCUUUGAGGCCGUUUAUUCUAAGGUGCGAAGAGGUGAGAUGAGAUGGUGAGGUGUAAAUGACCACCUGACUAUGAAAACCUGGCAUCACUAGAUCAACGUCAAGAGUUUUGUUGAAUUGAUUAAGCUAUAAUAAUAACAAUAAUUUAUUAUUUAUACCCCGCCCAUCUGGCUGGGCUUCCCCAGCCGCUCUGAGCGGCUUCCAACAAAAUAUUAAAAUACAGUAAUGCAUCAAACAUUAAAAGCUUCCCUAAGCAGGAGUGCCUUCAGAUGUCUUCUAAAAGUCAGAUAGUUCUUUAUUUCCUUGACAUCUGGUGGGAGGGCGUUCCACAGGGCGGGCGCCACCACCGAGAAGGCCCUCUGCCUGGUUCCCUGUAACUUGGCUUCUCACAGUGAGGGAACUGCCAGAAGGCCCUCAGAGCUGGACCUCAGUGUCCAGGUAGAACGAUGGGGGUGGAGACGCUCCUUUAGGUAUAAGGAGCUGAAAAGCUACAUAGUUUUGUACAGUUGCAUAUUCCUGCAUGGCCGGAAUUGGACCCAGAUGAUCCUCAAGGAUACUUCCAACUCUACAAUUCUAUGAUUCUAUGAACUGGAUUGGGGGGGGGAAUGUGUAAUCGGUUGCUACUUUUAAAUUUUUAAUUGGGCUAUCGUCUUCCUUAGUGGGUUGUUCAAAGCACUACCCUGCUUUGUAGAGGGUAGGGGACACUGGGGAUGAAUUUGUGGAACCAAGGGAAGGGAGUGGCCCCCCAAAAGUUUGGUAACCCGCUGGGUUCGGGUUUCACUGUUUAGCUGGAGAAAGAAUAACCGCAACCCGAGUUUGCGGAGGUCAAUGUUUGUAUCACCAUUUGAACAAUAGUUCCUAUUAUCUGCUUUCCCCCUCCACUCAUCUUCUCUCUCCUUCCUAUUAUCUUACCCUUUCCCCCCACCUCUCAUUUCCUCAGGUGUAACUGAUCAUCGGAGGAGAGGCAAGUUUUAACCUGCAACCAAGCGCUAGAGCAAAGUGUACAUGAGAGUCACAGCUCUGUUAAAAACUAAUUGAAACACCCAAAUCAUAUCGUACAGAGCAGACACAGAGUUAAAAUCUAUGGUGAUUAUAUAAACUCAGAACAGUAGCAAACCAAGAUGCAAUUUUUUAUUUAGUCGUUUUGUCGUGUCCGCCUCUUCGUGACCCCAUGGACCAGAGCACGCCAGGCACUCCUGUCUUUCACUGCCUCCCGCAGUUUGGUCAAACUCAUGCUGGUAGCUUCAAGAACACUGUCCCACCAUCUCGUCCUCUGUCGUCCCCUUCUCCUUGCGCCCUCCAUCUUUCCCAACAUCAGGGUCUUUUCCAGGGAGUCUUCUCUUCUCAUGAGGUGGCCAAAGUCUUGGAGCCUCAGCUUCAGGAUCUGUCCUUCCAGUGAGCACUCAGGGCUGAUUUCCUUCAGAAUGGAGAGGUUGGAUCUUCUUGCAGUCCAUGGGACUCUCAAGAGUCUCCUCCAGCACCAUAAUUCAAAAGCAUCAAUUCUUCGGCGAUCAGCCUUCUUUAUGGUCCAGCUCUCACUUCCAUACAUCACUACUGGGAAAAUCAUAGCUUUGACUAUACAGGCCUUUGCUGGUAAGGUGAUGUCUCUGCUUUUUAAGAUGCUGUCUAGGUUUGUCAUCGCUUUUCUCCCAAGAAGCAGGCGUCUUUUAAUUUUGUGGCUGCUGUCACCAUCUGCAGUGAUCAUGGAGCCCAAGAAAGUAAAAUCUGUCACUGCCUCCAUUUCUUCCCCUUCUAUUUGCCAGGAGGUGAUGGGACCAGUGGCCAUGAUCUUCGUUUUUUUGAUGUUGAGCUUCAGACCAUAUUUUGCACUCUCCUCUUUCACCCUCAUUAAAAGGUUCUUUACUUCCUCCUCACUUUCUGCCGUCAAGAUUGUGUCAUCUGCAUAUCUGAGGUUGUUGAUAUUUCUUCCGGCGAUCUUAAUUCUGGCUUGGGAUUCAUCCAGCCCAACCUUUCACAUGAUGAAUUCUGCAUAUAAGUUGAAUAAGCAGGGAGACAAUAUAUAGAGCCUUGACAAAAUCCCUUCUCAGGUCUUUGCAGCAGAAAGGAGGAAGCGAACAGCUGUUCCCCUUCUGGUUUGAGUCAGCCAGUUAAGUAGGACGGAUAAAAUAGCCAAGAAGGACUUUUUAAUGUUACAAGGAUGGAAAUACAGUAAAUUAUCCACGGCACUCUGUAAAAGCUACAUACCCACCAAAUAUGUUUUAAUAUUUCUAUUGCUCUAUCCUGAUUAUUAUUAUGAUAAGGGCUGCCCCUGCGUACACCAAUGGCCUGCCUUUCCUUCAUCACGGAACUCGAGGUUAGCAUUCAUGGAGUUCUUAGGCAAACUUUCAUCAAACAGCAAAAUAUAAUAAAUAAUAAUAAUGGUGGUGGUGGUGGGACGCGGGUGGCGCUGUGGGUUAAACCACAGAGCCUAGGAAUUGCCGAUCAGAAGGUUGGUGGUUCGAAUCCCCGCAACGGGGUGAGCUCCCAUUGCUCGGUCCCUGCUCCUGCCAAACUAGCAGUUCGAAAGCACGUCAAAGUGCAAGUAGAUACAUAGGUACCGCUCCAGCGGGAAGGUAAACGGCGUUUCCAUGCGCUGCUCUGGUUUGCCAGAAGCGGCUUAGUCCUGCUGGCCACAUGAGCCGGAAGCUGUACGGCGGCUCCCUCGGCCAAUAAAGCGAGAUGAGCGCCGCAACCCCAGAGUCAGCCACGACUGGACCUAACGGUCAGGGGUCCCUUUACCUUUUUAAUAACAACAACAACAACAAUAUUUAUACCCCACCCAUCUUGCUAGGUUUAUUAACUUAUUUACAUUUAUUUGUAUGUGGGCAUGCAGACAGCCAUUAUUAUCCCAUAUUAAAUUGCUGUGUUGGCGCUUUGCGAUCAAUAAGUGUAUUUUGGGUUGCAGUACGGGUAUUCGGUCUCUAAAAGGUUCUCCAUCACUGUCCAUUUACUCGUUUUCUACUUUGCCAUGGCUUUCUCCCAGAUCAUCCUGGGAACUGUUUUUUUUUCUUAAAGGGUGCUGGGAAUUAAAGCGCUGUGGGGGGCUGCCUCCUUAUCAAACUACAGUUCCCGGGGUCUUUGGUGUGGGGAAGUCAUGACUCACCACAGCUGCCCUUAUCUCUCUCCUCAAUCUUCACUGGUCUGUUUUUCUAAGGAUUUCUGUAAAACUCCAGAGUUCCUCCAGAGUUUGCUAACACCACCCUCUUCUGCGCGGGUGGAGCUGUUUUUGCUAUAUAAGGACCGGCAGUCAGAGAAUUGAGAUCAUGAUUAGCAUGCGCUGAUAGAUAUGAUGUGAUAAGCAAACAUGGGAGUCGUGGCGCAGCCAACCCUGGAUUCAUUGUUUUGUUUGACGCUGAUAGCCUCCCAACUUUCUUUGCUCAUUUCCUAGGGGAGCUUAGGAGUCUCAGCCUGCCUUAUAUCAACAAAUUGCAUCUGACAUGGGAUGGGGAAGGAAAUCAGAUUCAUUUUUCAUUUUAACGAGAAACUACCUAACCUGCACUUUUUGAACUAAUACGGCCACGAAACGCAGCCUGCCUUCAAAAUCUGCCCGAAUUUUCCCUCGCAGUCCUCCAGCCAAACAGUAUUUACAAAAAUGUGUAUAUUAAGGAAAGGUGUACAUAGAAAUUAACAACAACAACCUGCCCUUUACCCUAAGGUCUGUGACAGAUGGCCGUCCAAUCUCUGUCCAGAGGGAGACAGGGAAUGGGCUGGUGUGGGGGACUCCCUGGUCCUGAAUGGGGUAACUGCCCCUGAAGGACCAGGUGUGCAGCCUGGGAGUCAUUUUGGACUCACAGCUGUCCAUGGAGGCACAGGUCAAUUCUGUGUCCAGCGCCAUCUGGUACGCAGGAUGAGACCCUACCUGCCUGCGGACUGUCUGGCCAGAGUGGUGCAUGCUCUAGUUAUCUCCUGCUUGGACUACUGCAAUGUGCUCCAUGUGGGGCUACCUUUGAAGGUGACCCGGAAACUACAGCUAAUCCAGAAUGCGGCAGCUAGACUGGUGACUGGGAGCGGCCGCUGAGACCACAUAACACCGGUCCUGAGAGAUUUGCAUUGGCUCCCAGUACGUUUCCAAGCACAAUUCAAAGUGUUGGUGCUGACCUUGAAAGCCCUAAACGGCCUCGGCCCAGUAUACCUGAAGGAGCAUCUCCACCCCCAUCGUUCUGCCUGAGGUCCAGCACCGAGGGCCUUCUGGUGGUUCCCUUCCUGCGAGACGCCAAGUUACAGGGAACCAGGCAGGGGGCCUUCUCAGUGGUGGUGCCCUCCCAUCUGAUAUCAAGGAAAUAAAGUACAGUACUAUCUGACUUUUAGAAGACAUCUGAAGGCAGGCCUGUUUAGGAAGCUUAUAAUAUUUGAUGAAUUAUUGUAUUUCUUUUUUUUAAAAUUGGUUUUCACAUAUUACAUUACAAUACAGAUGUACCAAAGCCAACACCAUUUCCUCCCCAUCCCCCCAUACAUUUACAUUUCUAUUUCCUCAAUCCAUCAUAUUAUUCUUUUCUCCUUCGCCCAAUUCCCUCCACCCCCACUUCCUCCACAUUAUACAAUUCACAAUAAACUUUGCAUUCUACAACCUUCUCAAAUCAUCUAUAUAUUCUUCUUAUCUUUCAUUACUAAUUUUCUUCCAUCCAGUACUUCACAUUUUAAUGUAGGCAUAUUAGCGUGUCAUUUUUUGAGCAAUAUUGUAUUUCAGUAUUUUGCUGGAAGCCACCCAGAGUGGCUGCGUGUAAAUAAUAAAUUAUAAUAAUAUGAUUAUUAUGUCCAAAAACCUCCCAGGAAGGUUGGAGCCUCAUUUCCUCUAACUGCCUGUUGAUGUCUUCCUCCAGGGCAACUCCAGCAACGGGACCCUCUUCACCCCAGACAAUAUCACCGUGCGUAUCUCCUGCUGACAGUGUGUAUGGCGAGAGCAGGGUGGGGUGGGAGCCGGCAAAAUCUUCUUGCUCGCAAACAGCCUGUGGUGCUUAUCUGUGCUUGGCUAAAAUGUGCCCCUCCAGCUAUUCAUGCUCUUCUUCGUUUAAGCAUUUCCCCCAAACCAAUGGCUUAUAAACAAUUAAAAGCAAUUAAAAAGGCAGCUGUGUUUUGAGAAGGGCGGAAUUUAAACUCAGCAGGUAAAACAAAACCACCCAGCAGGCAUUAGAAAAAGACCCAGCCGUCCAAAGUUAGCGUGAAAGCGAUCGUGCCCCAAACUCCUCUUUUAAGGACGGUGCCCAUGUUGGGUAACACCAAUGGCCCACCUGUCUCUGGGCCCUGUGUCCUCCUAAGAGUGGCCACCGAUAUGCUGAUGGCAAACUAGGCAAAGCUGGUGGGCCCAGCCAUCUCUAUGUUGGGUUGAAAGAAAUAAAAAUGGGAUAAUUUCAUCUUAGCUUAUUGCAUUAAAUUGACAUGAUUUCUGCAUUGUAAGGGGUUGGGGUACUUUCCAACUCUAUAAUUCCAUGAUAUACCUUGUUGAGAGAGAGACAGAGAGAGAAGAGAACCAGCAACUCUCAAAGCAGUUGAGUGGAAGUAUCAGUAAAGGUAAAGGAAGAAGUAAGAAGGAAGAAGAAAAAUUGGGAUCCAUCUUGGGCACACUGGCUGAAGGCUGGUGUGGGGGACAAGGGCCUCUUGAAAUGACCAUGCUGUGAGAUCUGGAUUCCUUUCAUGCAUACUUAAAGUGUAAAAGGUAAAGGGACCCCUGACCAUUAGGUCCAGUCGUGGCCGACUCUGGGGUUGCGGCGCUCAUCUCGCUUUGCUGGCUGAGGGAGCCGGCGUACAGCUUCCGGGUCAUGUGGCCAGCAGACUAAGGACUAAGCCGCUUCUGGCGAACCAGAGCAGCGCACGGAAACGCCGUUGACCUUCCUGCUGGAGUGGUACCUAUUUAUCUACUUGCACUUUGAUUUGCUUUUGAACUGCUAUGUUGGCAGGAGCAGGGACCGAGCAACGGGAGCUCACCCCGUCGCAGGGAUUCGAACCGCCGACCUUCUGAUCGGCAAGUCCUAGGCUCUGUGGUUUUACCCACAGCGCCACCCGCAUCCCCGGAAGUAUUAGUUAAAGCAAUUAAAAUAACUACAGUGGUACCUUGGUUCCUGAACAGCUUAGUUGGCAAACAAAUUGACUCCCAAACACUGCAAACCCGGAAGUAAGUGUUCCGGUUUGUGAAUGUUGUUUUUUUUUGAAGCCGAACAUGCUCCGUUUUGGCCAUCAGCAUUUCCCCCGGGGCCAGUCAGCCAAUCAGGAGCCAUGCCUUGGUCUCUGAACAUUUUGGAAGUCAAACAGGCUUCCAGAACGGAUUGAGUUCGAGAACCAAGGUACCAUUGUAUUUAAAACAUUCAAAACGUGAAAACCAGCUGAAAUAUAAUCGGAGUCGAGAGUGGAUUUCAUGCUCUUUAUUCAACUCAUAAUGAUGAGGAGGAAUGGAAGUUCCCCCAGAAGGUCUGCUUUAUAUACAUUAUUAACACAAUGGGCCCCCCGUGAUUGGCUAAUUCCAGGAUUCUCAUGUAGGCCAAUCAGGUUGCGGAUUCCCUUCCACCUGGAGCUGGAUUGGGUGGCUCCUGUGGACCAAUCAGACUGCUGCAUUCUGGGUCCUAUUCAACUCAGUACAUAACACCAGCCAUCAGCCCCCAAACCACACGACAGCAUUCUACGUAUCUGGGUAGGCUUGUCUAAAGAGAAAUACAGCUCCAUUGGAAGAGCAUUAAUCUCAGCGCCAUGGGUUUGAGCCCCACAUGGGGCAAAAGAUUCCUGCAUUGCAGGGGGUUGGACUGGAUGCCCCUCGUGGUCUCUUCCAACUUUACAAUUCCAUGAAACCUUUUAGCAAACGCCGAAAAGAAUACAGCAAAGGGGUCCGCCUGGUGUCAAAAGGCAGGGACUUCCGAAGUGUAGGUGCCACAACACUAAAAGAGUAAGUUCUUGCAAACGCGGAACAGGAAUUAUCUGGUGCCUGUAAUCUCAUGCAAGCAAAGCCAAUUUUAAAAAACCAUGCUGCCUGGCAUUUUCUGCUUCUUUCUUUUGUCCCAGUAGGUCUGCUAUGCUGACAACCUGAGCUGCUUUUACCAGGAGCUUCAGGUGGUUCAGCGGGCGCAGGAAGGGCAGACCCAGCGCCUCCUCUCCCGGCUCGCCACCCGCCUGAACCAGGUGCAGGUGAAGCUACGCCGAAGGAGCCAGAGUCAGAGCCGCUGCCCCACCUGCCGGCUCUGCCGCUACCACCCCGAACGGCCUGUGCUGGUUUUCCUGAACAGGCUGCUGGAGCUGUACCAGUGGAACUGCAGGAACGGGGUCAGCCUAGGGGGAAAGUACUGCCCACCCCCCGCUCCGUGA